CGUAUAAGAAAAGAACCCGUUGCUUAUACCUUUAUAUAAUUAAAGAUGAUUUCUUUUGAGGACUCAGUUGAGAAUCAUAAGGAGAAUAUUGAACCAUUACGACAAGGACGUUCUAUAACGAACUUGGCGAAAACAUUUUCAGGAAAUCCAUGCGCAUUGAGGGCAAAGAAUGACCAAGAAAGAUGUAUUUUUGAGUCUGAAAUUGAUGGGUCAGAUGACCUGGAUGAUCCCUUAGAUGUAUGGGUUAAAUAUAUUAAAUGGACUAAUGAGGCAUAUCCUCAUGGUCAAAGUGCGGAGAGUGGACUUGUUCCUUUAUUAGAAAGAUGUAUUCGUCGUUUUAUAAGUGUAAAACAUUAUCAUGAUGAUCCUCGAUAUUUGAAAGUAUGGAUUCAAUAUAUAAAAUAUAUAGAUGAUCCUCAAGAGCUAUUUUGUUUUUUAGCUCACAAAGGCAUUGGGAAAUCGUUAAGUGCAUAUUAUGAGGAGUAUGCAAAUUUUCUUGAGGCGACAGGAAGAAAAUCUCAAGCAAAUGAUAUAUAUAAACUUGGAAUUGAAAGAAAAGCACAUCCAUUUGACCGCUUACAGCGAAGAUAUGACGAAUUUUUAAGAAGAUCGCUUAAUCCUUCUACGGCUGAGCCGAACCAUACAUUGAUGCCUACUCGUUCUGUAUUAUCUAUGAAAUUUUUAUCAAGUCUUAAUGAAUCUGACAACAUUAAACAGUCAAAUAAUGGAAAAAAAACAUAUAAUAUGCCUCGUAUAAAUGUAUACACUGAUUCAGAGAAUGAAAGAUUAAAUAAAAUUUUUAAAACUGAUACAUGGGACAAUAUUGGAACAAUACAAGAAAGAAAGAAAGAAAACUGCCAGAAACCUAGAACAUGGGUUGGAGAGAAACUUCCUAUGAAAAAGAAAGCCCAGCCAUCUGUAAUUACGGAGAAGUUUACUGUUUUUUGUGAUGAAGAAAAUAAAAUAUCUAAGGAACCAUUAGUUCAAUCAAAAGAGAUACCUCUUCCUAGAAAAGAAGAAAAAAUUAUGGUAAAUUUGCAGGAAAUCUAUCAUGAUGGAAAGGAAUUUUCAUUAGAUGAAUUAAAAGCCAAAGCAAAGGGUUUACUAGGAAAGACAUGGGAAGACGAUGAAAUAGAUACUAUAAUUCCUACAUAUACGGAAGAAGAGACAACAUUGUUAAAAGAUUCUCAUCAAACUUCUGAUUUUAAAAAAAAACAAGCAUCUCCUACUAUCAAUACGAAAGCAGCGUUAGCUGACAUUUUUGACAUUUUUAGUAAACCUUUAAAAUGUGAACAAUCUGAUAAUAAUUCUGAUGAAGAUGAUAAUGAAGCUCUUUAUCAAGAUGAUUCAGCACAAGAAGUAAACAAUACUACAUGGAAUCGAGUUUCUUCUUCAUAUGAUUGUAUGUACGUGGAUAAUUCUAAUGGAGAGUGUAAAAACGUAAAGCAUAAAAAUCAUAAUGAAGACAAAAACACAGAUAUUCUUGGAAAAAAUAACUUGAAUAAUGAAAAUUUAUCAUCUUACAAUAUUCCUUCUACUCCAAGUAAUGAUAAUGCUUCUACUUCAUUUAAUACACACUAUUCUUCUAUCAAUCCAAUGGCAUCUAUUACUGAAGAUAUUGAACUUAUAUUGCCAAAUCAGUUUGAAUUACCCCCAAAAGAAAAGAUAGGAUACAACGAAAUGGAGGAGCCAGUGAGCUCUCCUUUCCAAGAAUCGGUAUCUUUUAAUCUGAAUUUUCAAAAAAACGAACGGUCUAUAACACAAUUUGCAUCAUUUAAACAAGAUGAUUCUUCAAAAUCUUAUAUUAUAAAAGAACUUGUCUGCAAUCCAUUGGAACGUAGCAUUAGGGAUACUAUACUUUCAAAUUUAAACCCGCCAAUACAUUCUUAUGAUGGUUUAUAUAAUUUUUCAGAUAAAGUAUAUGGAAAAUUAGAUUUUAUUGAUCGCUUUAAUAAACAAUCAUCUAGAAAGUCCUCAACAACUAAUAAUCAAGAAACAAAGAUAAAAUUAGCUGAAAAUAAUAUUUACCGUAUAAAGAAGAAACUUGGAGAAGGUGCAUUUGCACCCGUAUAUUUAGCAGAAAAUACUAACAAUUCAUCAAAUUCUGCUCUUAAAUUAAGAGCUAUUAAGAUUGAACGCUCUACUACACCAUGGGAAUUCUAUAUAAUACAACAAGCAAAAUAUCGUCUAGGUACACAUCGUGUAUUAGCAUCUAUUAUUGACGCCUAUGAAAUGCAUAUUUAUCAUGAUGUUGGGUUUUUAAUAAUGAAAUAUAGAGAUCAAGGAACAAUCCUUGAUUUAGUUAACAUAUUUAAAUCGGAAACAGGAAAUGGCAUAGAUGAAGUCCUUGCAAUAUUUUUUACGAUAGAACUUUUAAGAACAUUAGAACAAUUACAUAAUAAAGGUAUCCUUCAUGGUGAUUUAAAACCAGAUAAUUGUCUUCUUCGCCUAGAUCCUCUUAAAUAUGAAUGGCUUUCUAAAUAUCAAAGAGAUGGAUCAGGAGGAUGGGCUUCUAAAGGAAUUGUAAUCAUCGAUUUUGGAAAAGGAAUAGAUUUGAAAAUGUUUUCUCCUCAAGUACAGUUUAUAGCUGAUUGGGUAACGGAUGAGCAAGAUUGUGCAGAAAUGAGGGAAGCAAGACCAUGGACUUAUCAAGUUGAUUAUCAUGGAUUAGCAACUAUAAUUCAUACACUUCUUUUCGGCAAACAUAUCGAGACAAUUGCAGAAAAAAUGCCAGGAUUAGGCGUGGGACGUAGAAAAUAUCGUUUAUCUAAUGGAUUUAAACGAUAUUGGCAACAAGAUAUUUGGAAAAAAUUAUUCGAUCUAUUAUUAAACCCUGUAGCUAAUGCUGGAGAAAAUGGUCUUCCUAUUACAAAAAAUCUUAAACAAAUACGUGAAGAAAUGGAGACAUGGCUUAUAGAAAAUUGUGAAAAGGGGGUUGGAUUAAAAGCAAGUCUAUGGAAAAUCGAAACUUUAUUACACGAACGAAAAUAGUAUAAAAUAUUAUAUAAAGCGAUAUGAAUAUUCCAUAAUAAAC